AGGAAAAAAUAGUCAAAGAAUUGAAAUGAUUACCAGUGCGUAUAUACUUCCAUGUAGAUGAGUACCAAUGGCGACGUUGGUGCACGAAAAAUCGAAUAGAUAAGUUUCAAAACUUGUGAGAUGGAAUUGUAGACUUGUAUAAAUUGUGAGAUUGUAAAUAAAAAUUUUUCAGGUUAGGUUAGGUUCGUUGUAGGUGUCGUUUCAAACUCUCUGGACUUUUCAAUUAUACCCUAUUCAUUCGAUGUUUUGUUUCAAUAUCUUUUUUUGUUACAAUAAAGAUCUUACUAUACAAAAGUCGUCCACCAGCAACCGUCUUCCGUUUCCUUAUGCUCACAUUAUAUUUUGAGUCUUCACCCCCUAACCCAACAUUCAGACUCAACCCCAUUCACUUCCGUCAACGGCGUGAUACGCAAGUCUUACCAGACUCCUGGUGUGUUGUUUGUCCGAUAUUUCAUGACAGGAAGUAUGUACCGAUCUUGGGUUCUUUGCAUUUAAUUCCUAUAUAGCUGUAAAUGUGCCGAAACGGAAAACAGUGUGGAAAUUUGGUCUAAAAUGUUAACCUAACCUAACCGGAGGGUUAGGUUAGGUUAGGAUCCCUUCAGGUAGUUUUUUUCCUUUGAAAAAUUCAAAAGGGUUGGGCGGGGAUUAUGUUAAAAGUUUACACCACUGAAAUUAUUGUUAUUUUUCUUAUUUUAUUUACUAUUAAAACCUUUUUACUCGUUGCUAUUUUCAUUAUUUUAUGGUAUUUCGUGUAUUUUAGUGUUAUCAUUAAUAUCAUUCUUAAAUUCAAAAAUGUUUACCUUGACCUUAUUUCUCACAAUCUAUUCAUUUAUCAUCAUAACUAAUUAUUAUUAAAUAUACUGCAUAUUUCUAUUAUUUUUUUUAAUUAAUUGUUAUAUCAAGUACGCACCAAUAGCAAGCUAGCUUCACAUUUAAUUAUUUCAAAUGAUUUUUAACCGACCGAUAAAAAUGUAAUUAUCGAGGUCAAUACAUCGUCGAAUCGACCGGAAUACCUUGAACGUAUGUUCUAAAUUGUAAACAACUUUGUAUUCUUACGGUAAUUCGGUUGUUGAUAAGUUUUAACGUCCAUAUCAACUUCAGAUUGGGUUGAAUUGUAAUUAGAGAAUGGAACUACCAAAAUUGGAUCUACUUUUAUUUGGAGCAACUGGUACAAGUGGAUUUUUCUGUAUCCCUUAUUUGUACAAAUUAACCAAAGAAAAUGGUAGAAAUUUAACUUGGGGUGUAUCUGGACGUUCAGAAAAUAAAUUGAGGGAAACUCUUAAAGAAACAGAAAAGAAAAUGGGUAUCGAUUUAUCCAAUAUUCCGAUUGUAAUAGCAGAUGUAUCAGAUCGAGAAUCGCUCAAAAAAAUGGCCGAAAGAACCAGAGUUCUGAUCAAUUGUUGCGGACCAUACGCAAAAUACGGUUAUCCCGUCGUAGAGGCUUGUAUCGCAGCCGGAACUCAUCACGUCGAUAUAACAGCCGAACCGGAAUACAUCGAAACAAUGUAUACAAAAUAUCACGCACCAGCUCAAGAAAAAGGAGUAUAUAUAGUAAUGUGUUGUGGAGUAGAUACUAUACCAUCUGAUUUGGGUUUGGUUUAUCUCGAGCAGCAAUUCGAUGGGGUACUUAAUUCGGUAGUGACUUAUUUCGAAGGUUGGUACGAAGAUGUCGGACCAGGACCUAUUAUCGGUUGUGGUACUUGGAAUAGUCUUGUUCACGCAUUAUACCACGGUACAAGAUAUAGUCGGUUAAAGAAAAGGAUGUUCCCCGAACCUAAACCGGCUACAUUCCUACCGGAGCUGAAAGUUAAGUAUACUUUGCACCGUAAUCGAAAGAUCGGCGGUUGGUCAUUGUUUUACUUCACAGCCGAUAAAGUGGUUAUGAGGAAAACUCAAGAAUAUUUAUACGAAAAUGAAAAUAAACGACCGGUUCAAAUUGAAACUCUCUCUAACGAUAAAAGUUUCCUUCGAUUGAUUGUCAUAUUUUUCGCUAUUAUAGUUUGGUUACUUUUCAUUCCAUUCCAUUGCGGUAGAAAUUUAAUGAUUAACUAUCCAGCAAUUUUCACUUUCGGGUUGUUUAGGAAAGGGCAGUUUCCAUCAGAACGGGCGUUACAAAAUACUUUUUAUCGAGUAACUUUUUAUGGAGAAGGGUGGAAAGAAAAAUUACCGAAUAAAAAUGAUCAAUACGAUAAACCGCCGAAUAAAAAUAUAUUGGCGUCGUUUACAGCACGAAAUCCAGCCUACGGAGUUACUUGUUUGGGAAUUGUAGGUUCAGCAAUUGCCAUUCUAACAGAAAAAGACAAAUUACCAUCGAAGGGAGGAGUAUAUUCCACCGGAUCUGCCUUUGGGAAAACUUCUUUGAUGAAAACUCUCGUCGAUCACAAAACAUUGGAAUUUGAGAUUCUAAAAUCGAAUGAUUUAUGAUUUUUUCAAUUAUAUUUGUUUUAAAAUAUAAAAGAAAAUUUUGGAAAAUAAAAGUUGAAAUACUCCUCA